GGGCAGACGGAAGCAAAACGUCAAAAGCAUCCAACAAAACGCGCGUCGCUUUCCACACUGUGCUCGUAAACAAAACCAACGAAACGGGACGAAACAAAUCCGGAUUUUCCACCGUUUUACGUCGCAAAUCGUUCCGAAUCGAUCGCGCGCUCGCUCCCGGGAACCAUGCCAUCCGAUCAGAUUCAAUACUCGGAGAAAUAUUACGACGACGUGUACGAGUACCGGCACGUCAUCCUGCCGCCGGAUUUGGCUCGCAGCGUGCCCAAAUCGCACCUGAUGACGGAAACCGAGUGGCGAAACCUCGGGGUGCAGCAGUCGCCCGGCUGGGUGAUGUACAUGAUGCAUGCACCAGAACCUCACAUUUUGCUGUUCCGACGACCGCGAACGGAUCUCCCCAAGAAACCCUCGAGUGGAAGCUCUUCCAACGGACAGGGACCGUCCCGUUUGGCGGCGUGAACAUGAAUUAACGUGUAUUGAGGCCAUAUCGUUUUCAUUUCCCCCUCGCCCCGCAUUCUCGUGUAUAGUAAAGAUAGAUGGAAGUUUCUUUCGAAGAAAGGAAUGAUUUUCAGGUUAUAAGUUUUAUUUUCUUUCUUUUUUUUGUAAAAAUAUGUAAAUAAACGUUUGUUUUAUAUAAAAUGCA